AUGGCCACCAACAGUGAGCCCAGUCAGAACAAAAUGGCCACCAACAGUGAGCCCAGUCAGGACAAGAUGGCCGCAAACAGUGAGCCCAGUCAAGACAACAUGGCCACCAACAGUGAGCGCAGUCAAGACAAAAUGGCCACCAACAGUGGGCCCAGUCAGGACAAGAUGGCCACAAACAGUGAACCUAGACAAUACAAGAUGUCCGCAAACAGUGAUUCCAGUCAGCACAAGAUGGCCACCAACAGUGAGCCCAGUCAGAACAAAAUGGCCACCAACAGUGAGCCAAGUCAGGACAAGAUGGCCGCAAACAGUGAGCCAAGUCAGGACAACAUGGCCGCAAACAGUGAGCCCAGUCUGGACAAGAUGGCCACCAAAAGUGAGCCCAGUACCAACAACAUGGCCACUAACAGUGAGCCCAGUCAGGACAAGAUGGCUGUCAACAGCUGCCCAAGUCAGAACAUGAUUGCGAUCAACAAUGACCACAUGUACGCUCAGGCAGCCAACUCUGUAACCAACCAGAAUAAGAUAGGUGUUGCGUGUGUGUGGAGCGAAAGCGAGGUAAGACGCACCGUAGGUAGAUACAAGUUGUCGUCGGACCAACCUGCAAAGACUUUUACAGCCGAGAAGCCGCACAUAUGCGGGGUAUGUGGGUACAGGACGCAACAGAAGAACACAAUGGCCAUGCACAUGAAGACUCACACUGGACAGAAACGGUUUGCCAGUGGAGGUUGCGAUUUAAGGACAGCUCAGAAGAGUAAGUUAAAGCAGCAAAUAGGUCAGAAACCGUCCAUGGGCAGUACCGGUGAAGACAAGACAACGGAGAAUAGGACUAAUCGUACAAGGGUUCAAACAGAAGGUACCGAUGCAGAACGUGAAAUCGCAGCAGCCACAAGUGGUGACUGGGACCGAUGCAUGAUAACAGUUUACCCAGCUGCGAAGAAUGCCUUUCACUGCAACAAGUGUGAUUUCAAGACGUCUUCCUACGGUUUACUGAGAAGCCACAUGAAAAUUCACACAACUGCUUUUCAUUGCAACAAGUGUGACUUCCAGACGUCUUCCGACGGUUUACUGAGAAGCCACAUGAAAAUUCAUACAAUCACAUUCAAAUGUGAGAAAUGUCAGUACGAGACAGUCCAUUUGGGACACUUCACCAAACACAUGAAAAAGCACUCGCGGAACGCCACACCAUUGAAAUGUGGGCAAUGUGCCUAUCAGACACACAAAAGAGGGCACAUGAACAGACACAUGAAAAUUCACAGCGAGGAAUCCUUAAAGUGCAGAGAAUGUGGCCAUAAGGCAGCAAGUAAGUUUGACUUGCAACAGCACAUGAGAACCCAUGCAGCAGAAGAGAGUCCCUACGAGUGCUGUGAACAAUGUGGCUACAGAUGUAAGCCUGGCACACGUACCCUGUCCCACAAUGGCCCGUUCUUGUGUGCGGAGUGUGGGUACGGGACGUCAUGCAAGUUUGCUUUCGACACGCACAUGGAAACCCACACCAUCUGCAAAGACUGCGGAUACAAGGCAACCGACAAGGCUGACAUGCUCGCACACAAGAAGACAAACUGUGUUACGCUACAUCCAUGUUCCGAGUGCGACUACAGGGCACCUACAAAGUUUGACUUGGACCGACACGUGAAAACUCACGCCAAGAGAUCUUUCAUGUGUGAGAAGUGUGGCUAUAUGACGCGGUACAAGUGUGCGCUGGUCAGCCACAUGGCAACUCACAUGCAGGACAAACCAUUCAAAUGUGGGAAAUGUGACUACAAGACAGCGUGGAAAAGUAACUUGAGAGGGCAUAUGGAAACUCACACUGGUCGGAAAAGAUUCUGUUGUGAAAAGUGUGACUUCAAGGCGUCUUGGAAAAGUAACUUAAGAGCUCAUAUGAAAACUCACACGGGUCAGAAGACAUUCUGUUGUGAAGAGUGUGACUUUAGAACGGCUUGGAAAAGUAGCUUUAAGAAACAUGUGGAAAGCCAUUGGCACACAUUCACCUGA